CCACAACACGCCAGACACAAGGGCUGGGCCAGAUUGACGCUAACCACCCACUUAUUAACCCAUAGCUCCCACCGCUUCACAACAGUAUCUUGCUAUGCGGAUCAUAAUUCUUGCAUAGCCCAGCAGUCUCUGGUUGUCAUGGCGAUCUGGACCAAGAACCAUCAACAAACCACUACCACCACCACCACCGCCACCACGCACUGCCACUCCUCCAGGCUGGCAGACCUUGGAAGCACUGACCCGCGCUCUCAUUUGGUGCCUCCACGUUUACUAGACAGCGGACCGAUGGGGCUGGGCGGGGAGCUGGUGGCCGUGUGGGAGGUGCCCCUGAGCGACGGGCUUCACAAGGUGGGGUUUGAGCACGGCACUACCACCGGCCGACGCGUGCUUUGGGUGGACGGCAAGGAGAAAGUGCACCACGACUGGAUGUUCAAGCUGGUGGGCUCCGAGGUGUUCAGCAUUGGCAACACUAAGUGCGUCAUCAAGAUUGAACCUGUGGGUGGGUUCUCCUAUGAAUAUUCCCUCGAGGUGAACGGCAAGAGUUACAAAAAAUUCACAGAGAACCAAAGCAAGAUUCUGAAGACGUGGCUGUUUCCCUUAGAAGGCGCCCUCACCCGCGUGGUGCUGGAGAAAGAUACCCUCGAUGUGUGGGUGAACGGGAACAGAUUGGACACCGCUGGUGAGUUUGUGGAUGACGGAACGGAGACGCACUUUGACCUGAGUGGCCACCCUGCCUACAUCCGCGCCGUCAGCAGCGGGAACCGGCGGGAAGGACUUAUCCACAGCCUGGUGGUGGAUGAUGUGGAGAUCCCUGAGGCGGUGGAGUGACUGAGGAGUGUUGGAGAGGAGUAGGAGUACGGGAAUGAUGAGAAGCGCGGGAAGGAAGAUGAUCGGUACCAUAUUUUGAAACACCUCUUUAGCCGAACCUUCGCUGCAUUCAAAAGGGUCUUCAGCGCUGCAUCCUUCCCUUCGUAUCGUUCGGGAUUAAGUGCUGUACUGUUGAAUUUUCUCUACUAACUCUCGGGGAUUGCAUUCUCAAACUCUGUAAGGCGUCUUAUGAGCAGAUCACGCUGGAAACUAUGGAGAUUUUCAAGGUGUUCUCGUGAUUCUUGUGAUAGUUAAGUAGUAAUUCUGCCCCAAUAAUGGAGAAAGCACAAUUGGUAACGUUGAUUCUUAACGUUAUACAUUUAUCUAUUUAUUCCAUUGUGUUCAUAACGUGUUUCAAAAUACAGACUCUGUGUUUCGUGUGAUUGACUGCUGGCGGCGUAGUGACGAAAGCAUGUAAUACUGGGGUGAUGAUGGUGGGAUGGCAGUAGUCAGGACGGAUGACUGGUGUCGAUUAUAUGCAACGGUGGUUAGUAUGUUGCAUCAUGUAAUAUCUACUUAAGACACGAGGAUAGGUGUGGCUGUCCGCUGCGCUGGUCCACCACAAAGCACAAACAGCGCUGAAGAGAAGCCCCUUGCCUUCCCCUAACGACUGUAGCUGACAGGUAUUAAACGCUCUCUUCCCUAAUGACGACCAUGUUUUCAAAGACCACAGGGAUGAUUAAAUUGUCAAGACGCUAUUAUGGUUUGAGAAUGCAGGCCCAGGGAUUGAGUAGAGUGGGGGAGGGAAAGGGGCGGAGGCACUGUAGCUGUAGGAGUGUUAUAUAGGUGGGCGUGUCGUCAAUCUGUUGUAAUGUGUCGCUCUUGAUGUUACAGAUGAAAAUAAAACCCAACACCUAAG